GAAAGAGAUCCUUUUGCGGCAGUUGCAGCUGGUUCGGCGUACUCACCAGGGAAGCCAACUGCUGGCCUGGAUAAGAGUCAGGGGAUCUCGCGCCAGCUUGAAGGACAAACCGAACGUCCCCGAGCGGCACAACCAGCGAUGGUGGAAGCUACGGCUCUGGUUCUCAAGCACUUGUACAGGCAUAUAAAUUAAUGCCAUGGAAGAAGCCCCACCAUUGGCUGUAAACACCGAUAUACACAGCCUGUCCACUUCACCAGGUCCUGUGGGCAGUAGGCUGAAACUCCUCGGUGAUGAAUGGGGGGAGCGCAGUUAUAUUCCGUCAGUGUUUAGAGCUGCAACACUGAAAUGGAAAGAGGCAUUCUUGAGCAGAAAGAGGCCAUUUGUGGGAAGGUGUUGUCAUGUCUGUACACCACAGAGCCGGGAUAAACUCUUUAAUUCCAACAUCCCUUCCUUGGGCCUGCAUAAUGUCAUUUACAUCAAUGAAACCCAUACAAGAUAUAGGGGGUGGCUGGCACGACGUCUCUGUUAUUUUCUUUUUGUCCAAGAACGAGAUGUGCACAAGGACAUGUUUCCAAAGAAUGUUGUGGAAAAUGUUUUGAACAGUAAUAGAGUGCAGAUGGCCAUUGUAGAAUUUACAGAAACCUUUUCUGUAGCUACAUCCAUGCAGCCUGAUAGUAAGCUCUGCAACAAAUUGAAGAGGAAAGCAAGAACAGUCCUUAAAGGAGUGGUAGCCUUCAUCUCGUCCGCAUUUUUAAGAGCACAGACUGCAGUUGUAGAUGCGUCAGAAACCAGUUCUACAGUCAUAACCAUGCAGCCUAAUCAUAAGCUCAUCAACAAAGUGAAGAAGCAAACAGAAAAAGUCCUGCAGGAAAUGGUAGCUUUUGUCUCUCCCACACUGUUAAGGUUAACCGGUUGGGUUCUCCUGAAACUCUUCAAUAGCUUCUUUUGGAGUAUUCAGAUUCACAGAGGACAGCUUGAAAUGGUUAAAGCAGCGACUGAACUGAAUGCCCCGCUUGUUUUCUUACCAGUUCAUAAAUCUCAUAUUGAUUACCUGCUUCUCACGUUUAUUCUGUUCUGCCACAAUAUCAAAGCUCCACAUAUUGCUGCAGGAAAUAAUCUCAAUAUCCCCAUCUUUAGCACACUUAUUCGUAAGCUGGGAGGCUUUUUUAUUCGAAGGAGAUUGGAUGAAACCAUAGAUGGAAGAAAGGAUGUCUUAUACAGAGCUAUACUGCAUACGUAUGUUGAAGAGUUGCUUCUGCAGAAGCAGUACUUUGAAAUAUUCCUGGAAGGUACACGUUCUCGAAGUGGCAAAACUUUUCCAGCCAAAGCUGGGCUACUCUCGAUGGUUGUGGAUACACUGUGUGCUGGUGUGAUUGAUGACGUGCUCGUAAUACCUGUAGGAAUCUCCUAUGAUCGCAUCAUAGAAGGCAACUACAACAGUGAACAGCUGGGUAAUCCUAAGAAAAAUGAAAGUCUUUGGACAGUGGCAAGAGGAGUGUGCCGAAUGCUACAGAAGAACUAUGGGUGUGUCAGAGUAGACUUUGCACAACCAUUUUCCAUGAAGGAAUACCUGGAUUCCCAGAGGCAGAUGUUACAGCCACUCUCUUUGUCACAGACGCUGCUUCCAGUUAUUAUUGAUCCAAGUGGAGACUAUGUACUUUAUGAGCACGAGGAUGUUGUGGUAGCCAAUGCACGAUACAUGUCGGAUGAGGCACGAAGGCGGCACGUGAUUGCCACUUUAGCUAAACAUGCGAUGUACACUGCCACAAAGUCCUGUGCUGUCAUGUCAACACACAUAGUCGCUUGUCUGCUGCUGUACAGACACAGACAGGGAGUUGAUCUUUCUAAGCUGGUUGAAGAUUUCUUCUCCAUGAAGGAAGAGGUUCUAGCUCGAGACUUUGACCUCGGCUUUUCAGGCAAUUGUGAUGACGUUGUCAUGCACGCUUUACAUUUGCUGGGGAAUUGUGUGACUGUUAAGAACACAAGCCGUAAUAACGAAUUCUUCAUCAUUCCAAAAACAACUAUCCCUGCAAUGUUUGAACUGAAUUUUUACAGCAAUGGCAUUCUGCAUGUCUUCAUUGCAGAGGCGAUUAUUGCUUGCUCUCUCCUUGCUGUGCUGGAAAAUAUGAGUUCUGACUUGAGCCAAGGUACUGCUGAUGGACUGAUUAGCCAGGAAAAGCUUGUCCAUAAAGCCGCUGGACUGUGCCAUCUUCUUGCCUAUGAAGUUGCAGUAGCACUGCCUUGCCAGAGAAUUUACCAGGUGUGCCAUGAAGCAGUAGAAAGAAUUGUUCAGUACGGUGUUUUGCUGGUCGCUGAGGACGAUCAGGAGCCAAGUCUUAGCCCGUCAGAACAGUCCUGGGAGAAGAAAUUCCCCGAUCCUGUAACUUGGAGAAGUGAUGAAGAAGGUGACAGUGAUUAUGAUGAAGAGCAGAGGGAUCGGUAUCUAAAGAUAAGUCAGCUGCAAGAGCACAAAGAGUUCAUCACCUUCUUGCAGAGACUGCUGGGACCUUUACUUGAGGCAUAUAGUUCUGCCGCCAUCUUUGUUUACAAUUUCACAAGUCCCGUGUCAGAAACGGAGUAUAUGCAGAAUCUGCACAAAUACCUGAUUGCACGAGUUGAAAAGCAGCUUUCUGUGUAUGGUGAAUGUGCCACAUUGUCACUUGUGAAAUACACUAUUGCAAGCUUCAAGGAUCUUGGAGUCUUUGUUGAGAAGAAAGAAGGCAGAUCAACUGUUUUGGAGCUGAGCGAAACAUUUCUACCUCAUGAAAAUAGACAAAAGCUUGUGGACUACAUCCUUAGUUUCAGCAUACCAUAAAUAAUUUAUAAACUGUAAUUUACACAAAGUUAACAGGCGUAGAAUUUGUAAAAUAAAGCAAAGGAACAAAAGGAGGAUUGUGGGUUGGCUCAGCCAUCAACCCAAUGCUUUUGUCAGUCUUUUACUUAAGAGGUGCUGUUGCUUGGUAAGGCCUUAUUAGAACGAGCCACCAGAGGAGUGCCUUCUAGGUUAUGCAAAAAUCCAGCACUUUCUGAUCUUCCUGAGCUACGUAUUAAUGUUAUGCGCACAAUUCAUUUUUAUUAAAACUACUGAAAGAAUUUCAGAAAGAAAUAAGUACUGAUAUGCCAGGAGAUAACCAUAUCGGUUAAUUAGCUUUUUUAAGACAUUUUUUUUAUAGCUGAAUGUUAGCACUAAUAUGUUUCUAAAACAUGAAUGCACUACUGCUUUAAUUUAUUUUUAACAACACGCCAAAAUAACUUUUGGAUAAACUUGUGCUGUUCUUUUAUAUGUUGUAUAAACUGUAUUUCCCAGAUGUUAAUUACAGGUAUGAUGGAAUCA